UAAAAUUAAAUAAACAACAAAAAUUGUGUGCACUGUUGUGUAAAAACUUUGAAUUAUAUAACGUAAUCGCAUACAAUAAUAAAGCAGUGAUCCGUCACACAUAAGACCAAUAGUACCAUUUGGUCCAUAUAUUCAUUGACAAUAAUCCUCAUCCUUGACAGUAAUGCCUGUCGACGACAAACCUAUUCGUAGAGGCAGUCGGGCCAAGACUGGAGACGAUGAGGAAGACAUCAUGACGAAGGACUUGGCUGAAGAUGCCGUCUGGAAAAAAAUACAACAAAACACAUUUACCAGAUGGGCUAAUGAACACUUAAGAACAGUCAAUAAGUUUGCCACUGAUUUGGGAACCGAUUUCUCCGAUGGUCUGCGACUCAUAGCACUGGUCGAAGUGUUAUCCGGCAAGAAGUUACCGCCGUAUAACAAGAGACCAAAAGUCAGGGCACAGAAGCUCGAGAAUGUCAAUAUUGCCAUACAGUUCCUUAAGAAUCAGGAAAAGAUCCGUAUUGUCAACAUUGAUAGUAUAGAUGUAGUCGAUGGAAAAGUAAAGUUAAUAUUAGGUGUGAUGUGGACAUUGAUUUUACACUACUCUAUAUCAAUGCCGAUGUGGGAGGGAGAGGAUGAGUCAAUGUAUAAGGAGAAGGGCGGACCCACACCGAAGCAACGUUUGCUUAAAUGGGUUCAAAAUAAAGUACCCGACGUUCCCAUAAACAACUUUACGACUGACUGGAACAAUGGUAAAGCUAUCGGUGCAUUGGUUGACGCGUGUGCUCCCGGUCUCUGUCCUGAUUGGGAACGUUGGAAGCCUGAAGACGCUCUUAAAAAUGCUACGGAAGCCAUGAAAACUGCCGAACAAUUUUUAAGUGUUCCUCAACUCGUCACACCUGAAGAACUUACAAAUCCCAAAGUGGAUGAGCUUUCAAUGAUGACAUAUUUGGCACAAUUUCCAAAAGCAAAACUCAAGGACGGAGCGCCAACUCGUCCGCGACAUAAUCCUAAGAGAGUCCGAUGUUAUGGACCCGGCAUUCAACCAACUGGUGUCAAUGUCGGCGCUAAAACUAGCUUUACAGUCGACACAUUCAGUGCCGGUCAGGGAGAUGUCCAGGUCUUUCUUCAGGAUCCGUCGGGCAAACAGACUCCGGUUGAGGUCAAGUUUAAUGACGAUCCGGGAAAAACAUAUACCUGUUCCUAUACUGCACAACAAGAGGGGGCACACAAAGUUAUUGUAAAGUUUUCUGGUAAGGAAGUGCCGAAAUCACCCUUUACUGUUGAAGUCAAAGGUGUGGCUGGAGAUCCAUCUAAAGUCAAAUGUGACGGACCAGGUAUUAAGCCUACCGGUACUAAAGUCGGAACGCCUACUACUUUUAAUAUUGACACUAAAGACGCAGGUGUUGGACAGGUUGACGUACAGAUAACUGAUCCAAAAGGAAAGACAAAUUCUGUACCACUUCGAGUUAGACAGGAUGACGACGAUCCUUCAAAAUAUAAGUGUGAAUAUGCACCUCAAUUGGAGGGUCCGCACAAAGUUGAGGUGUUAUUUGCUGGUAAACCAGUACCUCAUAGUCCCUUCAAUGUGAAAGUUGCACCGGCAUGUAAUGCUGAAAAAGUGAGAGCACUGGGACGUGGUCUUCAACCUACUGGCAUACGUGUCAAUGAUAACGCAGAGUUUAAAGUAUUUACUGAGGGUGCCGGAGCAGGAACUCCUGAAGUUAAAGUUUUGGGACCUGAUGGACAACCAAUUAAAGUCAGUGUUAGAAAAUUACCGGACGGUGUGACAUAUGACUGCGAUUAUAAGCCUCUUAAAGAGGGACGUUAUGUAGUGGUUGUUAACUUUGCGGGUCAGGAGAUAUUUCAGAGUCCGUAUGAAGUACAGGUAUCGCCGAUGAAAGAAUCAAAAGUAGUAGCGUAUGGACCCGGUCUUAAAGGCGGUGUUGUUGGACACCCGGCGCGCUUUACUGUAGACACAAAUGGAGAGACGGGAACACUUGGCUUCUCUGUUGAGGGACCAUCGUAUGCCAAAAUUGAAUGCAAAGAUAACGGUGACGGUUCGGCUCAAGUUGAAUACCAUCCAACAGCUCCGGGAGAAUAUGCUGUUCAUGUGACCUGUGAUGGUGAAGAUAUACCUAAUUCACCAUUUAUGCCAAUGGUUAUACCCAAAACUGAUUAUAAUCCCGAUGCUGUUGUUGCAUCUGGACCUGGAUUAGCUCCUAAAGGUGUAGUCAUUGCAACGCCAACUGAAUUUUCUAUUGACACAAAAAAAGCUGGAAAAGCGCCGCUAGACGUGUCUAUUAUGACUAAUUCUGAUUAUAAAGAAUUGCCAAUUAAGUUGACCGACAAUAAGGACGGAACAUUUAAAGCACAAUACAAACCGGAUAAGUUAGGCAAACAUACUGUUCAAGUCAAUUAUGGUGGCGUAGCUGUACCUAACAGUCCUUUCAGAGUCAGUGUUGGUGGUGUUCCCGAUGCUUCUAAGGUAAAGGUAUCGGGACCGGGGGUCUCUAAAGGUGUUAAACCAAAACAGCCAACACAUUACAUGAUUGACACCCGACAAGCAGGUGGUGGUGAAUUGAUCACAACUAUUAAAGAUGAAAAAGGCAAAGAUAUACCAAUUAAAGUUACUGACCUCAACAAUGGUCAAUAUAAAGCCGAGUACACGGCACCUGCACCAGGAAAGUACAAAGUUAGCACUACUUAUGCCGGUAGACCAGUACCCGGAUCACCUGUUGAUAUUAAAGUUACGCCACCCGCCGAUGUCAGCAAAGUUAAAGUGGAUGGACUCGAAACAAACCAGUUUGUCAAUUGUAUCAAUUCAUUCGUUGUGAAUGCCAGUGAUGUUGACAAAGUUGGUGACGGAGCUGUUGAGCCCAUCAUCACUGGUCCUUCAGGAAAGAAGAUUAGCACUCAAGUCGACAAUAACAAUGACGGCACUUAUAAAGUCAAAUAUAUAUUACCCGAUGAAGGCGAAUAUAACUUUGAUGUUAAAUUUGAUGGUCAGCCCAUACCAGGGGCAUCACCGGUCACUGUUAAAGCCACUCAUGGAGCCGAUCCUAAAAGAGUUAAAGCUUAUGGACCGGGACUUGAAAAAGGAUUUGUUAACCAACCAAAUCAAUUCACUAUUGAAACAGUUAAUGCGGGAAAUGGAGGAAUUGGUCUAUCAGUUGAAGGACCUAAUGAAGCAAAAGUCAUGUGUAAGGAUAAUAGAGACGGUACCUGUACUGUGGAAUAUAUACCCGAUGAAGGAGGUGUCUAUGAUAUUGCCAUCAAGUUUGCUGAUAAAAAUAUACCAGGAAGUGUAUUCAAAGUCCCGGUGCAAAGUGAAGUGGACGCCUCAAAAGUUACUGCUUCGGGUCCAGGAGUUGAUCCUAACAAUUGUAGAGCCACCGCAUCACUACCUUUCAAAGUAAAUGCCAAGCGAUCAGCUAAGGCUCCCUUAGAAGUUGCGGUCACUUCAGAUAAGGGACCUAUCGCUCAAAAACCAGAGAUCAAAGAUAACAAAGACGGCACUUAUUCUGUUAGUUAUGUACCACCACCUGAAGGAAGUAAAUGUGAUGUCAAAGUCACUUAUGGCGGUAAAGACAUUGAGGGCAGUCCAUUCAAAAUGAAAGUUAAGAAGAAGUCAGAGCCUAAAAACAUUAAGCUUUCGGGCGCCGGACUCGACAAGAAAGUCACAGCUAGUGUUCCACAAGAGUUCACAGUUGACGCCAAAAAUGCGGGAAUCGGUGAUUUGGAUGUCCAGAUAUUAGGUCCCAAUAAAAAACCUAUGAAAUAUUGGAAGACUGAUUUCCACGAUGGCACUUUCAAAAUUAGAUAUGUACCCGAAGAUGUCGGCCAACAUCUUAUUUCUGUCAAAUAUGAUGGCGAAGAAGUACCAAAUUCACCGAUUACUGUCCAAAGUGAACCAACUGGUGAUAUCAACAAAGUUGAGAUAAAAGGAAAAUUCAAAGAGAAAUUAGCGCCAAAUGAAGAAUAUUCACUAACAAUAGCUGCCGAUAAAGCCGGUGGUAAUGGAGAGGUGACCUGUCGGGUGACACGAGUUCAUUCACAGUCAGAGGCUUCUGAGUCGAGUACCGAACGCACCGAAACACUUCCUGAUGGUACCAUUCGGAUCAUUAAAACAACUAAACGUGAGACCAAAACGGCCACAUCUAAAGAAGUUCAAGAAAAUGUCGACUGCAAAGUCGUGCCCAAAGGUGACGGCACUUUCAGUGUUAAAUAUAAGGUCCGCGAUCCGGGAGAGUAUACCAUUGAGGUUAAAUACGGCGGUCAAGUCGUGCCCAAUGGUGUGUUUAACUUUACGGUGAGUUAGAUAGGAGUUAUGAUUGUGACAACUCUACCAAAUUGACACACAAUUUGUGUCAAAUCUAUUCAAUUGUAUUACUAUUUUAUAAACUUAUUUAAUCUAUUAUUUUCUAAACCUAACAACUAUUAUUAGACACAAAUUACACAAUUCAUUGAAUACGCUAUUUAUUGCUCUUAAAUAUUAAGCUAAUGUAUAAGAAUCUUAUAUUUAUUUUAAUUUUUAUAUUUAUAAAAAUGCCGGCCUUUUGCUACUUAAAAUUUAUACUAUUGCUUAACAUUUUAUUUUCUAGAUUUAAUUUAGAUAUAAAUAAUUAUUAA